AUGCCCAGCCAUGCAUCGCACAUGGCUCCUGACGUGUCCCUGGCAGUCAAUGGAAUUAGUGGUCCAUUGUGCAGGUUACGCAUUAGCAGCUGUGCCACGGUGCAGGAGGUCAAGCUGGCAGUUCAGGAGGCCAGUGGCAUCUCUCCACGUGAGCAGCGGAUAUUCUGUGGAAUGCGCGAGCUCUUCAGUUCACUGGAUCUGGACGGCCCAGGCCAGGACGACACAUUCGACCUAACUUUGGUGAAGAGGACUCCGACACAGAUGAGGUGGCUUCAAGAUGUCGAGGAAGGUUUAGGCAAGAGGCUUGCAGAAGCUCCGCCGGAGGUGCUCGCGGACAGAGAAAUCAUGGUCUCAGCAAUCCGUCAGAACUGGCGACACAUUCAGUAUGCAGCGGAAGAUAUUCGAGAUACGAAGGAGGUUAUUGAGACAGCGCUUUUGCAAGGGGCUCCAGUGCUACGUGUUGUACCAUCAAAGCAUCUAUGCAGAAAAGACAUCGCCCUUUGUGCCGUUCGACAAGAUGGCAGCUCCCUUCGCCAUUUCUGUGCAGAGGUGCAGGAGGACCGAGAUCUGGUGCUGCAGGCAGUCAAGCAGUAUCCUGCAGCACUUGAGUUCAUUCCGGCCCACUUUUUGAGCGACUACGACGUUGUCCUUUCAGCUGUUCAAGAAGAUGGCAGCAUGCUGGAGUAUGCUGAUGCUGGGCUUCGGCGAGAGCCGUCCAUUGUCAUGACCGCUGUCUCACAAGAGGGCAUGGCCUUGGAAUUCGUGAGCGCCGACCUUCAGGCUGAUCGCCUCACCGUUCUCGCUGCCAUUGCGUCUGAUGGAUCCGCGCUGCAAUUUGCAUCGACUGACCUGAGGGACGAUGAGGUUAUCGUUCGGAAGGCGGUAUUGCAGGAUGGCCUUGCGCUGGAGUUUGCCUCGCCUCGCCUGCAAGCUGACAAGGCCAUAAUCUUGGACGCCGUGAGCCAGGAUGCGCGUGCUUUGCAGUAUGCUUCUGCUGAUCUUCGAAGUGAUCAUGACGUGAUACGAGCCGCCGUGAGCCGUGCUGCACGCGGGUUUGGUCGUGAAAGUGACCGUGCUGAAGACCGAGUGGCAAUGCUGGAUGCUGUCAUCAGCUGGAUGCCCCAGGAUGAAGAGAGCUUGAGACUCAUCACAGAGAUAGGGCUUGAAACUCAUCACAGAGAAAGGCCGACUGCCGUGGAUCCGUGA